UUCCGGCUGUCAACAAGUCCUUGAAUAACAGUGGUCCUUCGCGGAUGGCGGUGUAUCUGACUUCCUUUAGACUUUUGGUCGUAUGUUGUGCCCUUAUCUACCAUGUAUUAGGAGCUAAUCAAACGUUUCUUUCAGUUCGAGCCCCACAGAAAUAUCUCAUAGAAGGUAAAACUCUUAAACUGAGUUGUAAAAUCCACGGCACGCCACUGUUCGCCAGCCGAGUUUCUUGGAAGCACAGCGGAGAUUGGCUUCACAAUCAAACCAAACGGGAAGUAGGAGCAGUGGGGCUUACUCUCGAAAGAGUUUCGCGUCAUCAAGAAGGAAUUUACCAGUGCGGUGUAUACAAUUUUUCCGGGCUCAGCUCCACCGAAGCAAUUCCGGCAGACGCAAAUGUGACACUCUUUGUAGGAGGACCAAUCCAUAGGCCAGUAUGUGAAUCAAGUGAUCGUGCAUUUCCUGAUUUUGAGGACUUGCUUCAUUGGAAUGCACUGGUUGACUAUCAAGGUGUUCAACGGCCUUUCACCUACCAAAUAUUUUACUGCAAUUUUUCAUGUUUACGUCCUCCCAGACGCUACAGCAUUUUCAGAGGCUGUCCUAUAGUCCCAAAGUCAAGUACUGGAAUAGUCAUGGAAUGCAAUCUUAUAUCCCUCUACAAAAAAGUAUUUCCGAAGCUGUUUAGUGGCAGUAAAAAUAUCCGUGGUCUAAGAAUUUCUUUGGCCAUUGGUAUAGCAAAUAUGGAUGAUGAAAUCAUUAGUCGACCAGUCAGGUGUACUGUGUACCGUCUAGUGAAGUGUACAAAACCAGCAAACAUACGUUUAAACAACUCAACAGCAGGUCAACUGACAUUGAUAUGGGAUCUCCCAAAAGAUGUGCCACAGGAUUAUCAGAGUAAUCUGAUUUAUUGGAUUCGUGUAGUAGGUAGUGGACAUGGAGUUGGUGAUUUUCCUAAACUUAUAAAGGUGAUAGGAAAAAAUUAUUCAAGUGAGACUAUAAGAAGAGACAUCAGUGGUCUACACCCAUAUACCUGGUAUCAUAUCUACAUCUCUUGCUCAAUUAUGUUUUCAAAUGCUACUCGUGGAGAAGAAGUGGGUCCUCUCUCAGCCAGGACAAGGGAAGAAGCACCCAGCGCACCUCCUAAACUCUCGGAAGAUGUCACAAAUACAACACUGCAUGGACAGUACAGAGAUGUGAUUCUUCAUUGGAAGCUUCCGGACAAUGGCACAUGGAAUGGUGAAAUCACUCACAUUGUGCUGCUUUAUUGGAUAGCAAACAGUGGCGUCACUGAAGCUAACAGUAGUUUGGUUGUGUUUAGCAAUGUUUCCAUGACAACCGGCACCUUAAGAAUGUUACGCCAGGAUGAGGUGUAUGAGGUGACGGCAAAAAUAUGCACCAGCGCGGGGUGUGGCCCUCCCAGCCAAUCGGUUUUCAUACGAAGACUGGAUCACGCAGAUGGAACCCAUGUUCCACGUACGCAGGAACAAGGAGAUAAGUAUUACAUCAUUGGUGUCGCGUUAGGGUUGCUGCUCUGUGUUGGAUGUUUAACUGUGAUAGCCUAUCAUUGGCUAAGGAAACGUAGAAGAGAACGCGUCCCACCGCUCGGAAGUGUCCUUGGAAAAUUACCGCCUCCUCCUUUAAUUCCGUGUGGAAGCGAUACUGGACCUGAAAAUAGAGAGGACAACCACGUUUAUGACACAACAAUUUCGCCUCUGCUCAUAGGUGACAAGAACGAGUACGUACAAAUUAAAACCUCUAAGCCUGCGCCGAUUACUUUGAUGAGGUCAGAGCUCGACACAGAUGAUGUUUAAAGUUCUCAUGAAGUUUGAUAGAGCAUAGAGCGCUUCAUUUCCAGUUCUAUCUCUCUCACACUUCCACGGAGCCUCUGAAGUAAACUUCCGCUCAACGCAGGGAAUCUACACCACCAAAGAAAUUCAUAAAUAAGAAGCAGUAGUAUGGAACCUUAAAUGAGUUCACUUAUCACUAAUGUAAUUCCCUCCUCCUCAAGUCUGUCUCCCACGCGCUUUUCUGCGGGUCUAGCUUGUAAUUGAAUAUUACUGGUUAUCUGGUCGUUUAGGAACUUUUGAAUUGGGCAAUUGGUACUCUGAACCAAAUUUUUUUACUGUCUAUCCAGUUCUAGAUUGAUGCCCACUCGUACGAAGAGCUUUUCACUUUUCGCUACCGUACUCAGUUCGGCAACCUCUAAAAACCGCUUAUCUCUUUCAUCUCCAUUAUUGCUGAUUAUGGCACCAAGCGCUUAUUUUUGAGAUCGCAAAAAAUUAGCCAGGGUUUAUUUUUACGUUAAUUAUCAAUCUUUUUUUGUUUCCCUUUGUAGCCGAUAUACAAAACAGUUUAUGUAAUAAACACUGCAGCAUACAACGAAACAUAUUUAUUGGAGAAUUAAAAUUUUUAACUAAGAGCUGGUGCACACAGUUUUAUACAAAAUUAUCCUAAAGAAUAUUUAAAAGCACGACGUCGGGAUUAAA